AGCUCUCUUCACAAAUGGCUAAGACGAUGACGUUCUGGUUUCUGGUCUUGGCUCUGGUGACCUUAAAUCCAACCUGGCCAUUCUGGCGCACAGGGGCUGCCGAAGUCACUUCCGCAUCGAUGUUCCAGUUUCUGGACCGCCACAAUGGUGAAGGCGACCACAGUUGGUCUCACCUACUGCCCACAAACUUCUACUCCGAGAUGAACCAGCAGUACUACAGGAGAUUCCGGCGACAGGCUGGCAGAAUGGACACCUUCCGAUCGGGAAAACGGCAGCAGUACCCUUUUGAAUAUGCUCGAUAUGUCUGAUAAUAAAAGCAACCCAGAAUAAU